AUGGGCAUCCCGCACCUCUACACGCACCUCCGCCCCUACGCCCGCCCCGAGGCCUUCCCGCCGACGCCCCCCGCGCCCACGCCCCUCUUCAUCGACGGCCCGGGCCUCGCGCACCACGUCUACCAGCUGGCCCUCAGCAGCACCCCGCCGGCGUCCGGCAACCCCUGGGAUGCGGCCCUGAGCUACGCCCGCUUUCAGGACGCGCUCAUCCGCUACCUCGACGAGCUGUCCGCCGCCCAGCUACACAUCCGCAAGAUCUACUUCGACGGGCACCUCCCCGCGUCGAAGCGCCCCACCCGGCACUCCCGCCUCGACGACGCCCUCCGCCGCCUCAAGUCCUACCACUCGCUGCACGCGCACUCCCUCCCCACCCGCCCCGCCCCUCCGCCGCCGUCCGCACCCGCGUUCACACCCCCCGCAGCCUACACGCCCCGCGCCACGCCGCUCCCCGCGCCCCCGUUCAUCCUGUCCGCCACCAUCGACGCCCUCACCGCCCACCCCGCCUACAGCAGCACCGUCGCCACCGUCCCCGCCGAGGCAGAGUCCUACUGCGCGCGCGACGCCAUUGCCGCGUCCGGCAUCGUGCUGACGGGCGACUCCGACCUCCUCCUCUUCGCCGCGGCCACGGCGCAGAACAGCUGGGGCGUGCUCAUGUUCCGCGACGUGACGCUCACCUUCCCGGGCGCUGUGUGCGCCGUCUUCCGGCCGUGCCAGAUCGCGGGCACACUCGGCGUGGACCUCGCGUUCCUGGGGUAUCUGUUGCAGGCGGACCCGCACGCGACGUUUCCCGUGCUGCAGCAGCGCGUGAAGAGGAUCGAGGAGCGGAAGCGCAGUGGGGUGGCCGUGGGCGAGUAUGGGAAGGGCUGGCGGGAGUUUCGCGCGGUAUAUGAGCUGCCCGGAGCGGAGGAGGAGGGCAAGGGCGGCGGAGGUGGGGUGGAGCCGCGGAUUGCGGAGCUGCUGGAUUCGCGGGGAGGGCGGGAGGAGGAGUGGGGGAGGAUGUGGCUGCCGUUUCUGUGGGAGGAUCCGGGACGGGGAAGUGCGUGGGAUGCGGGGCGGGCGGUGAGGGCGGGUGCGUAUGGGCUGGUGUUUAGGGAGGGCGUGAUGGAGGUGUGCCGCCGCGGGCAGAGGAUCUCGGAGGCGUUUGUGCACUCUGCGGAUGCGGCGGGCGUGCUGGAGAGGGCUCUGGGCGGUGGGGACGGAAGCUGGUGGGUCAGGACGAUAGUGGAAGAAAUCGUCGGCGUGUAUGAAGAGCGCGGGCAGACACCGCCGGACAGAAGUCUCCUGGAGGGAUUGGCGUAUAUGCUCUCCCCACCACCAUCACCAUCAUCAACAGCAGCUGCAAAACGACCAGCACCGCGGAGGUGGACGUGGGAGAAGGUGCAGGUGUUUGCGAUGGCGCAGGCGGCGUGGUACUCGCUGCUUGUGCUGAAGGAGGUGCUGGCGGCCACGGAGAAGGACGACUGCAAGGACCGGCUCAAGGCCUUUCCAGGCGUGGCAGAGUGUAUAGAUGGCAGCCGGUUCCUCGAAGGAGUGUCAUUAUCUGGGGAACACGAGGAAAGGGUGGUGAGAGAGGUGAUGGCGGCGUAUCACGCCCGCAUUCGAAACGCUGAUGACGGGGAAGACAUAGACACGCCAGGAAACGGAAACGGGAAACGGUCGAGUAGUCGGGAACUGCGGGCUGGGACCAACAGCGAGAGGAAAAAGAAGAAGAAACGGGGAAAGGACAAGAAGCAGGGCGAGAGCUCGAAUACUGUAGAGGCUAGGAAUAUCUUUGAGGUUUUGGCGGACUAA